GGCACUUGCACCCAUCACCAUCAAUGUCAUCAAUGGGGUGAAUGCGUUUUUGCUGACGGUUCACCACAUGGUAUGUGCCGAUGCCGUGGCUGGUACGUGGGUGACGGUGUUGAUCAUUGUGGACCUCCAGAAGAACGACACGAAGAACCUCGGCUCAAUGCUCAUAUCCCGCGGCGAGGUGGUCAGCCUUGCGGACAUCACGUUUGCGACGUUAAUGCUGAAUGCAUGCCAUCACCGAGUGGAGGGUCCGAAUGUGUAUGCAAAGCUGGUUAUCACGGCAAUGGAGUAUCAUGUGAAUCGCUAACUGAUGAGGAAGAGGAAGUACCAAGGACGCAAGCACCGGAUGAGACCAUUGCUGGUUAUCACGGCAACGGAAUAUCAUGUGAAUCGCUAACUGAUGAAGAAGAGGAAGCACCAAGGACGCAGGCACCGGAUGAGACCAUUGGUAAAGUCUGUCGAGCUCACGAAGAAUGCUCAGAGCAUGGAAGCUGCACUUACAGUAGAACACUUGGGUACUAUCACUGUACCUGCACUGAACCGUAUGUGGGUAAUGGAGUUGAGUGCACAUUGAAGGAGCAACAGGAACGAGAAAGAGAAGAACAACAAGGUUGCGAUCGUCUUCGUAACUGCGACCAAAAUGCUCAAUGCGUUUACGAUAGUCACAACAGAGUCUAUCGCUGCGAAUGUUACGAAGGUUUUGCUGGAGAUGGCAAGACAUGUGUUCAAAUUCACGCUGGAGGAAGACCAUGGGAAGGACCACAGGGAGCACCGGGUGGGUAG